CCUCAAUUUAUUGUCUGCUAAUGUACUUGAUCAAGAAGGUUACAAGCAUACUUUUGGUGAGGGUAAAUGGAAAUUGUCAAAGGGUUCUUUGACUGUUGCUCGUGGCAAGCUUUGUUGCACCUUGUAUAAGACACACUUGAAAGUGUGUACUAGUGAGUUGAAUGCUGUUGAGGAGAAAACUUCUCCUAACUUAUGGCAUCGCAGAUUGGGCCAUGUUAGUGAGAAGGGCAUAAAGCUGUUGGCUGGUAAGUCUCUUAUUCCUGCUGAUGUUACCAUUUCACUUGACCCUUGUGUUUGGAUGCAAGGCCUUCAUGCAUGUGCCGAAGGAACAUAGAUUGAAGCUUGACUUCAAGACUUCUCCUUGUGUGUUUGUUGGAUAUGGUGAUGAAGAGUUUGGUUACAGACUUUAUGAUCCAGCAAAGAAAAGAGUCGUGAGGAGUAGAGAUGUUGUAUUUUACGAGCACGAGAUGGGUUUUCAUCUCUUAGGUGCUGGUAAUACUUAUUAUCCUGAUUUAUCUCAUGAUGCUAUUGAUAUGUCUCAUGUUUUUGUUCCAGAUGUUCAACAAACAGGUGAUGCUCCCGAUGAUGGUCAUGAAAAUACUCAUGAACAUGACCGUAUUGAAGAGGUACAACCAGAGAUUGUGCCACAACCUGAUGAUGAAGCUGUUGAAACAGAAAGUGGAGAGUUUUCUAAUCAGGAGGAGCAAAACAGCCCACAGGUGGAAGAGCCAAUAUUGAGAAGGUCAACCCGAGUUCGACAACCUUCAAGACUUUAUCCAAGUUCAGAAUAUAUCCUACUCACUGAUGAGGGGGAGCCUGAAAGCCUUAAAGAGGUCUUGUCACAUCCAGACAAAGACCAUUGGCUGAAGGCUAUGCAAGAGGAGAUGAAUUCUUUGAAGAAGAAUCAAACAUAUGACUUGGUGAAGCGAGAGUAAAAAAAGGGCUGGGCAGUAGAGGACUUACGGACAGAGCAGAAAAAAAAAUAUCAGAAUUGAGAGAGGAAAGGUGCUGGUGCAGAAUUUACAGACCAGCCGCACAAAUUCGAUCAUCGCCGGAGAUCCAGCCGUUGGAUUGAGCUGAAAUUUUCAGAGGUUGUUCCCAACACUUAGGGCUUCAAUCUGUUCAAUUUUCACAUCAAUCGGAGCUACGGAUCUUUUGUAAUCGCAGCGGGUGCGACGCUGCGUUUUUGGGUGAUAAUCCUGAUUUUCCUUCUCUAUUGUUGAUGCCUCUUAUGUAUGUUGUUGUUGAUGGGCUGUGACAUCCUUGUAGACUGAGUUUGGGUGUUUUUACCCUCAAUUUGCAUAAUAAGAGAAGAAGAGGGCGGACUCCCUAUAAGUCCCGUGGUUUUUAUCCUUCACAUCGAAGGGGUUUUCCACGUAUAAAAAUCGAGUGUCGUUUGCAUCUUUGUUCUUCAUAUUUGGUUGUGGUUUAUUUGAUGUGUUGCUGAUUUUAUGUGCUUGGUUAAUCAAUAGUGGUGAAUUGGGUUAAGUGUUUGGUUGGUUGUCUUGAAGUUGAUCCUUGUAGGUGGUGCAUCCUACUUG